CCCCGUUGCUGGUGGGAUAGUAGGUCCACCGUCCUUUUUCUUCACUUGUUAUUUCUCCCAUAAUUGCGUCUUUUACAAGUUAAAACCCAUUUGGACUUCAGUUGGUAGGUAACGUCUCUCUUUUCACUUCCCCUGUUUUCCAUUUUAAUAUUUUCCUUUGUGAACCACUUCCCCUGUUCUACAUUUUAUUUCUAACUACUUCGGGAUCACUGAUUUUGUUUCAAAAUUUAUACUUUUAGAGGUGAACCACCAUAUAUGAAAUCUUUGAAUAGUGCAGAUGUAUAGUCUUUGCUUUACUUUGCCAACUUAAUUUACUUUUGUCAAAGAAUUUCAUGUACUGAGAGUGAGAGGUUACCUCAGUGCUCUAGACUUUCGAGAGAUUCCUCUGCCUCAUUCCAUCUCUUGUUCCCUCUUAAGAGAUAGUUUGUUGCUUUAGCCUCACAAUCCAUACUUGAUCUUUCACUCUCAACUUCGCCCAAUGCAGCCUCACGUAUUCCUCCCAUCUUCCCUGCUAGCGCUCUUCCUGUUUACAGCUAUCGUCUUCCUCUCCAUUGAGGUUCCAUCAGCUUUAUGCGGUGAUGAUCCACAAUACUUAAACUGCAAUCGCACUUUCGACUGUGGAAACGUCCAAGGAGUCGGCUACCCUUUCUGGGGAGAUGGUCGACCCAGUUAUUGUGGCCCUCCGGAAUUCAGGCUGGUAUGCGGAAACAACAACCUAACUUCCAUUGAGAUCAUGUCACAAAGUUACCGCGUUUUGCAGAUCGAUACCAGGAAUCGAAUUCUAAAGGUCGCCCGAGUGGAUGUGUUGGACGACGGCAUUUGUAAAACGCAACCUGUAAACACCAGCCUCAAUUUCACCCCUUUCACUUCUAUUCCGAGUGAUCUGUACAUGAAUUUGUUCUACGGGUGCUCGUUAGGGUCAGGGGGGCAGGGGUAUCCGUAUGAUAAAAUUCCGGCCAAAGUCAGUUGCCCCUACAAUGGAGAUCCAACUGAGGUUCUCUAUAUCAUCGAUCAGGUUCCAAUACACGAGGACUACAGUAGUUCUAGUGGAGUAUUUCGUUGGAGUUGCAAAGCAGGAGUAUCUCUCCCAGUUCCUCCAAUACCCACGGAGAUGCUUGUAAACAAUAUAGAGUCGAACCUCAGCCAAGUUAUAAGGCAAGGUUUCCAGUUGGGGUGGAAUCUAAGCGACGCUUCCUGCACAGAAUGUUGGCAAUCCAGUGGACAGUGCGGAUAUAACUCCACUUUGAAUCGUGCAACUUGCUUUUGCCGCCAUGGAUCCUCCGCAAAAUCUUGUUCAGUAGGUGGUUCAAAAUUGAAGGUUGCCAUAGUUGCAUCAUUUGCCGGAACUUUCACUCUUGUGGCAAUACUAUCAAUGUUCUAUUGUAUAAGAAGGAACUCAUCCACAAAGAAUGACCAGAAGGUGGAAGAGUUAUUAAAGGAUUUUGGUUCUUUAGCUCCAACAAGAUAUAAGUAUUCAGAUGUCAAGAAAAUGACCAACUGCUUCAAAGAUAAAAUUGGACAAGGAGGUUAUGGUGGUGUGUUCAAAGGAGAGCUAAUUGAUGGACGUCUAGUCGCUGUGAAGGUCUUAUGCGAAUUCAAAGGUACUGGAGAAGAAUUCAUUAAUGAAGUUGCAAGCAUUAGUAGGACAUCUCAUGUUAAUAUUGUCACCCUUCUCGGAUACUGUAUAGAAGGACCGAAAAGAGCACUCAUCUAUGAAUUCAUGCAGAACGGAUCACUUGAAAAGUUCAUAUAUGGUGAGACAGUUGUAGUUGAGACUCAUCCUCAUCUAGGGAUGUAUAGACGAUACCAAAUUGCAGUUGGCAUUGCUCAGGGGCUGGAGUAUUUACACCGUGGUUGUAAAACACGAAUUGUGCAUUUUGACAUAAAGCCACAUAACAUUCUUUUAGACCAAGAUUUUUGUCCAAAAAUCUCAGACUUCGGCCUUGCAAAGCUAUGUCUUAGAAAGGAGAGUAUUAUAUCAAUGGUAGGUGCCAGAGGGACCGUUGGGUACAUUGCACCAGAAGUUUUCUCUAGAAAUUUUGGGGGAGUUUCACACAAAUCAGAUGUCUAUAGCUAUGGAAUGAUGGUUCUAGAAAUGGUUGGGGGAAGAAAAAAUAUUGAUGCAGGAGUUGAUCGUACAAGUGAAAUAUAUUUUCCACACUGGAUCUAUAAGCAGGUUGUAUUGGAAAAGGAUUUAGGGCUUUGUGGGGUUAUGAAUAUAGGAGAAGAGGAAGCAAAAAUUGCUAGGAAAUUGAUUUUAGUGGGGUUGUGGUGCAUACAGACAGAUCCUGCCAAUCGGCCACCUAUGAAUAAGGUGGUAGAGAUGCUGGAAGGAAGCGUAGAAUCCUUGCAAAUUCCACCCAAGCCAUUCAUAUAUUCUCCACCAAGGUCUCCAGCAGGUUCUUCCACCACAUAAAAAUGGAGAUCAUAUGGAGACAGGAGAUUUGUUCUUUCUAUGGAGGAAAAGCGUCGUGAGAUCAUUUUCCUUUUAUUCAGCAACGGUAUAGAACAAAAUUACUCUGUUUGGAACCAGAACAAAAAGGUCUUUUAUUUUUU